GAACUUUUUUGCAGAAGUAGAUGAUAGCAGCUCCCAGUAGCUUUUCCGGUAAAAUACAAAACUUUUCCGCAACACACGAGCGGGACAGACACACGACCACCCUCUGCAUAACACAUCCUUCUAAGAGCUCCCAGGAUCCCAAUUGCCAUCCCACCUCCACCAACACACCUCUCCCAACGCCUCAAGAUGGCGCCAGAGAAACUCGAUAUUUCGGUCGACAAGCCCACACCCUACACCUACGACCUCGGCCUCCUUCUCGCCACCGACGCCAACCCGCUUCCAUCCCCAGAGUCGGGAUCCCUCGAAGAGCGCCUAGCCGCCACCGCCCGCGAUGGAGCACAAGCUCUCAUAAAUCAAAUGAUGAUGACUCUGCCGAUCCAAUCAACGAGCGCGGGUGUACUCAUGACACUUCCCGCGCCAGAAACCCCGUUGCCGCGCGAGAAGCCGCUGCCGGCGGCCAAGGAGCAGACCAAAUGGCAGGCGUUCGCAGCGCGCAAGGGCAUCAAGCCUAAGACGCGCGAGCAGAAGCACAUGAAGAGCCAGAAGUUCAACGAGGACACAGGUGCAUGGGAGAAGACGUGGGGUUACAAGGGCAAGCGGCCUGAGGGCGAGGUGCCCGCCGACUGGGUCGUUGAGGUGGACGAGAAGGGCGAGAAGGUGGGCAAGGAUCCCAAGCAGAAGAAACGGAGGACGUGAUGUGCGUCGGCCGUAUGGGGGGAGGACAACUACAUAUGGUGCGGGAAUGAUACCCAUGAUGCCAUUAGGGUUAUCAUGUCGAGGGGAUCAGCAAGUCGUAAGACAGUUUAGUCUCAUAUUAAGCGAUGCAGGCCAAC